GGGUAUAAAGCACCUGGUGCCUGGACCAUUCGUAGCCUAAAGUUCUUCUGCCAUCUCUCACUCUUCAAUUCAAAUUCCAAACCACCAUCUCGACUUGCCAAUACAGAUUGUACAACGUUGAGCUGCCCGGCACGCUGCUCACCUGUAGGAAUUGAGAACCAUGGACGGUCCUUACAAGCAGGACUUUCAUGUCCGAAACCUGCCUACCCGGUCCGUCACUCUUUUCCCGACUCGAGCUCAGAUUGUUCGUGAAAUCAAACAAGUCGCCCUCAAGCCGGGUUCCAAUGAAAUCACUGUCGUUGGCGUGACUCCAACCGCUGAUGAGCACUCCAUCAAGGUCGAGGGCACUGGCUCGGCUACCAUCACCGAUAUCGCUGUUGAGUUGCUGCCGAACCGGGACAUUUUUCAGGAGAUCUAUCCCGACUCUGACUCCGAGCAGGAUGAUGACGAGUCGGACGAAGACAGUGAGGAACAAGAUAAGGUCAACACCGCCCUCGAAGAAGUGCGCGAGAAGUUGGUAGCGCUGAAGGAUGAGCAAAAGACCGCCAAGGAAAUCAUCUCCAGCGCCGAGAGCCGCCUCAAGAUUAUCGACUCGUACAGCAACUCCCUCCAUCCCAAAGACGGCGUUGACAUCGAGGCCAGCGUGGAAACCUAUCGUAAGGAGCGCGAGAAGGUGUUUCGGGACCAUAUGGAUGGUACGGUCCGUGAGCGUGCCCUAAUAAAAGAGAUGACCAUCCUGGUGCGCGAACAGACACGUCUCGAAAAGCUCCGGGCAAAGGAAGAAAGGAAGGCGGCCAAGGCUAAGGCCAAGGUUAGGAGGGCUAAGGAGAAGCUGAAGGAGAAACAGCGCCGCCGCGACGAAGAACAGAGGAAGGAGAAGUUGCGCAUCCGAAAGGAGCGCGAGCAGUUCUGGCCGCGCUUAUGCUACAGCGUCCGUAUCACUCUCGAUGCCGGUGCCAACUUCACCCCCAGCUCGUCUCGCCGCAGCUCUAUCACCAGCGCCGCCGACGUACAAAUCGCCUCCAACAAGGUCCCCGUGGACGACGAAGCCAGCAUGGUGUGCGACUUGACAGUCUCGUACGUCACGUCGUCUGCCUUCUGGGCCCCGAGCUACGACCUGUCGUUGUCAUCUACAACUAGUACGGCUAUGCUAAGUUUCGACGCACGCCUCACUAAUAUGACGUCCGAGACGUGGGCCAACAGCAAGGUGACACUCAGCACCUCGCAGGCCAACUUCUCGGGCCUUCAGGACGACACCCCGAAGCUCGUACCCUGGCGCCUUAAGGUUGUGGGCAGGGGUGGCCCCUGGGACGGGUUCGACAUUGCCCACAGCCACGAAGAAAGGAACGAAAAGGAUGUUUGGAAUGCCCAGCAAAACUCCAUGGUAGCGCAGAGACCACGCGCCGGGCUGUUCGGGGUGAGCCAGGCGCCGCAGCCCAAGUAUAACUACGCCAUAGCCAGCGCACAGGCACAGGCACAGGCACAGGCACAGGCCGCUUCGCGCGCCCGAGGUGUGGGCUUCGGUAUGAGCAGCUUCGGCGCCCCCGCAUCGAAUGCCAAUGCGAACUCCAAUGCCCCUACCGCGAGUGCUUUCGGCGCGCGCCCAGCCAACCUCGAGACUCAUUCCGAUAGCAUGCGCCUCUUUAGCGUAGCAUCCCGAGGUCCACCCUCAGGGACCGGUCUCUUUGGCGGAGCAGCACCCGGAGGCGCACCCGGAGGGGGCGGUCUCUUUGGAGGAGCGGCAGCGAACCGAGCUGCACCUCAAGAACCAGUCGUAAAGGUAACCGCCGUCAACGAGGAGCACGUCCCCCAACAGCGUGCCACAUCUCCUACCUUGGACGCCGGCAAUUCGGAUGACUUCGACGCCCAAACCAUGCUCGAACCUCUCCCCGAGCUCACCUUCCAAGACUCCUCCUUUGAGGAGACGGGCCUGACGGCCACCUACGACCUGCCGAACACCAAGACCCUCAAGCCCUCGCCCACCCCCUCCAAGCAGCGGGUCGCGCGCGUGUCCUUUACCAAUGUCACCUUCUCCCGCACCGUCGUGGCCAAAUAUAAGCCGGCCGCGUACCUGCGGGCGCGGCUGCGCAAUACCAGCAAGCUGACGCUGCUGCGCGGGCCGACGGGGCUUACGCUGGACGGGACCUUCCUGGGGCGGUCGACGCUGCCGCGGUGCAGCGCCGGCGAUAGCUUCAACGUGCCCCUGGGGGUGGACCCAGCCAUCCGCGUGUCGUACCCCAAGCCCGAGGUGGCGCGUAGCACAACGGGGGUGUUCAGCAAGGGCGAGAACAGCGCAUACACGCGGUCCGUCACGCUGGUCAACACGCGCGCCGCCGCCGGCAAGCCCGUCGCCAUGACGGUGCUCGACCAGGUGCCCGUCUCCGAGGACGAGAAGAUCCGCGUCGACGUCCUCCACCCCGCCGGCCUCUCUAACGGCGGCCGCCUCGUCGCUGCCGGCGUCCCCGCCGGCGAUGGCAAGGAUGACUCGGACUGGGGCAAGGCUACCGCCAGCCUGCGGAAGGCGGGCGAGGUCCAGUGGGAGGUCUCGCUCAAUGCUGGGCGCAGCGUUAAGUUGUUGCUGCAGUAUGAGGUGGCGUUCCCGACUGGCGAGAGGGUUGCGCAGGUUUAUUAGGGGUGGGUAUUGG